AUGGUCGACGUGAGCAGAGCUGAGGGAGGGCGAUUUCAGAGUCCCUCGGCCCUGCUCACAUCAACAACGACAUGGGCGGGGCUGAGGGAGGUCGAAGACAACCUCAUCGUCUUCAGCCUCCCUCGGUCCUGCCCACAUCAUCAUGGCAACCUAUAUUCUGCAUUGUCGGGAAGCAGGAGUGUCAUACAGAGGAGCUAUGGGACCAAACGACUGAUUAAGACCGACGACAACUGGCUGACCAGAGCAGAAUUUGUCAGCGCCGCCCUGCUGGCAGAAAGCAAUAAAGUCAACGAUGAAAUUUACUUCUUUUACAACGAGGUCAACCAAAGUGCCGGGCUGGAUGAUGAGCCGUACAAAGCUCAGCUUGGGCGAGUGUGCAAGAUGGAUGAAGGUGGAAAGAACCUGCUGAUAGAUUCCUGGACCACCUUCCUGAAGGCAAGACUGGUUUGUGGACAUCCCAGAGACCCCAAGCGCUUUCAUCGCCUCCGCGACGCCUUCCUCCUCAAAGAAGGCCGGACACUGUACGGAGUCUUCUCCAGCUCAUGGGGCAAAGCAGCCGUUUGUAAGUAUUCAAUGAACGAGAUCAGUUCUGCGUUCAAGACUUCUAAACUGAAGGGCUACACCGGCUCCAUUUCCGGCCCCAGACCUGGUACGUGCGUUGCGUCAAGUUCCCAGACUUCCAAAAAUACCCUGACCAUCAUUAAAGAGCACCCCGAAAUAGAGACGGUCAUCUACCCAGAAGGGCAGCGUCCCCUCUACCUUCUCGAGAACGAGACCUACACCCGAGUUGUGGCGGACAGGGCGCGAGAUGCCAGCAACGUGACUCGUGACGUCCUCUUCCUUGGAACAGACCAAGGGAAGAUCCACAAGGUGCUUCAAAAAGGAGACCAAACAGUGAUCAUUGCCGAGUUAAGCCCCUUCAAAAAAGAAGCUCCCAUCUCCAACAUGGUCCUAGAUACUACUAUGGGUCAUCUGUAUGUGAGCACCGAGUUCGAGGUGGUGCGCCUCUCACUGGCGGAUUGCGACCAGUACAAAGACACCUGCUGGAAUUGCGUCUUGGCCCGUGACCCGUAUUGCGGGUGGGACCCGAAUGGCCACACCUGUUCAGCUGUCUCUCAGUCUGGAAAUUACAGUGGCAGCUUGCUUCAAAGCCUGGAUCCAAAGUCCACGGAUGUUUGCAAAGGUGUUGAAGAACGGAAAAACCAGGAAGCUCUCAAGAAAGUGAGCGUGGACACGACCAGCUAUAUCUACUUGCCGUGCCCUCUGCGCUCCCACCACGCCACCUACACAUGGGUCAAGGAUGAUUCCACAGAAUACGCUUGCUCUGUGGAUGAGGAAUCCUGCACCCUUCGUUUUGGGGAGAGCAAUCCCAUGGGCCAGGGAAUCUUCAAGUGCACCUCCAAAGAAGAAGGCUACCGAGAGGAAAUCACCGCGUACGAAGUCACGCUCAACAGUGGCCGGAUCCCAGAGGUGUCCCUGGUGGUAGUAGCCACGGGAGUCUUGUUCCUGGCCAUAACCAUACUCCUCUUAUAGACUGGACUUGGAGCGAAUCAUGUCACACUGCCAACUAAUUGCUGUUCAGUUUUCUUCCUUUGAAAUAAUAAUUCAGGCGAGCCCCCGAC